CAAACCAUUAACCGAUGGCAACUUCUGCGUCCGUAAUAGUGCUAGACUCGGAUACGGAUGAUGAUGGGGUGGUAAUAGAAAGUCCCUCCAAUCGUAGAGGAAGCAAGCGCAAGGGAUCACCAUCACCCCCAAACACAUCACAUACCGAAAUACAGCAGAAUGGGACGAGUGGCAGCAGUAACAGUAACACUAGGACAUCUGUUUCCGGCGGUGGUGGUGCACAUGAUCCACAACGGAAACGCAUCAAACCGAUUACGAUCACUACGGAUCUGUCGGAUAAGCGAUGGUCUUCCGAUGGUACAACACCACCACAUAAUAACAACAAUAAUCAUACGAUUACGGGCAACGAAAACUUCGCACCAAUCACCUACUCAGAAGAUUGGGAGCAGGAAAUAAAGCAAUAUCAGCUGAAACUUGCCGCCGGUGGAGAAAAGCAGAACCGUACCUUACCGGCAGCAACAGCGACCGUUACCAGCUGUCGAAGCAGCAACACUACCACCACAAAUGAUGAUUCAGACCCAAACAACAGUAGCAAUCGGGGCACACCCGGCUCGGUGGAUAAAAGUUCGGCGGAAACACAACCCACCACUAAGGAGCAAAGGAAGGUGGUCGGUCGUAAUACAACGAAAGGUACCACUGCGAUAGAGAAGAAUGCAAUUGGAAAAGAGUUCCAGGAGCUGCUGGACGCUUGCCGCAAAGCGGACAGUUCGGACGAUAUGGAGCGACUUAUCAACAGAAAGCUUAUCCGCUACUACGAAAUCGUUCAUCCGGACUACGUCAAAUCGAAAAGCUUCAAAAAAGCGGUCGCUGCCGCAACGGCCGGUAUACGUGCCCAACCGCACCUGGUGUUCCUGAAGCUAGUCAACAUUGUGGAGGAACUAAAGGCGAGAAAAAAAUCCCGAUCGGUCGCACCACCCACCGUAGAGUUAGAAGUCGAGCAGGACAACAAUCCGGCCACCACUUGCGGUCGGCCUUCGCUUGCCGAGGAAGACUUUUCGACCGGAAACUCGAAAAAAGAUCAACAAAUCAGACAGCUAAAUUAUGCGCUGUACGUACUGAACAAACGCAUCCGCCAGAUGGAAGAGGCCGAGGUAGACUUUAACCAAGAAACUAACUCCACCUACGUACAAGGCGAACGGUUGAAAAAGCAUGCGACUAAAAUUUAUGAAAAGCUUUGCGAUAUAACCGGCGAAAGUAAGCAUGCGCAUCGUUUACUAAGGGAACCGAUCAACUUCCAGGGGUCGCAGUAUCGGGAAUUUAAUCACACGCUGUCACAGUUUAUUAACCGGACCAAUAUUUUUCCCAACUUUCGGGAAGUUUUGCGAUGUCUGGAGUACUGCAAUACACGGCACGGUUAUGGGUUGCGAUCGGAACGGAUGAAUCGGAUCGCACACGAUGCGUUCAUUAAGGUGGGCAAACAGUUGCAGAAGCGACGGAAAACGGAUCUGUACGAAACGGUGAUGUAUCAUACCGGGGACGAGAAGGAUCCGGCCACGAUCGAUCCGAAGUUGCGCGAGAAGCUGGAGGAGAAUGGGAAACAUUACAGCAAAGUUAACAGCAUCAUUGACAAAUAUGCUGAGAAAGAGUUGUGUAAACGCGAGGAACUCCAAGACAAGAAGGAAAAAAGUGCUACAUCCGUAAAACAAAGUAACGAAACAAAGCCAUCCAGUAGUAAAGAAGGGAGUGCUACAGCUACGAGUACGGACACCGGUCCCAAUGGAGGAACGCAUGAUGCAGUGCUACAACUUAGCGAUGAUGACGACGAGGAUGACGACGACGAGACCGAUGAUGAAGAUGAGGAAGAGGACGAUGCUGAAUCUACCACGAAGGAAAACGUACGGCCGGACUCGUUCGAGGACAUUAUCAUAUCCGAUGACGAUGAACUGAUCAUACUCGACUCGUAGCAUACAUCGAACAGGUUCGUUUUUUCCUAGUUUUUGUUUCGCCA